UAAAAUAAUCUGUCACAGCUAUCGACGCACCAUUCCCCCCGCUUUCGAAAGCGCCGAAGAAGCGAAAUAAACUCUCCAAUCGGUGCCUCAAUUCCCAGCAAAGCAAUGUCUGGCGGCGGCGGAGGCAGAACGAUAAGGGUACUGAACGUGGCGGAGAAGCCGUCGGUGGCGAAGGCGGUGGCGGGGAUACUGUCGAAGAGUAGCCAAGGUGGGAUGAGAGUGAGGGACGGUAGGUCUAGGUUCAACAGGAUCUUCGAGUUCGCCUACACCAUUCACGGCCAACAAUGUCACAUGCUUUUCACCUCCGUCACCGGCCAUCUCAUGGAACUCGACUUCGAAGAUCGCUAUCGUAAAUGGCACUCCUGCGAUCCCCUCCUCCUCUACCAAGCUCCUGUCCGCAAAUUCGUUCCCGAGGAUAAGUUGGAUAUAAAGAGGACAUUAGAGGAGGAAGCUAGGAAGUGCCAGUGGCUUGUGUUGUGGUUGGAUUGUGAUAGAGAAGGAGAAAACAUUGCAUUUGAAGUUGUCGAAGUCUGCACAGAAGCAAAUCGUCAUCUUAAUGUGUGGAGGGCUCGUUUCUCUGCCUUAAUUGAAAGGGAUAUCCGCGAGUCGGUGCAGGCUCUUGUUCGACCUAAUCAAUUGUUUGCUGAUGCUGUUGAUGUUAGGCAAGAAAUAGAUCUCCGGAUUGGUGCUUCCUUCACUAGGUUUCAGACUAUGCUGUUGAGAGAUGCGUUCAAUCUUGAUUUUGCUACAGAUGACAGAAAUGUUAUUCUAAGUUAUGGACCUUGUCAGCCUACACUAGGCUUUAUUGUGGAACGGUAUUGGGAGAUACAAGCACACGAGUCUGAAGAAUUCUGGACAAUCAAUUGCACUCACAAUUCAGAUGAAGGCACUGCUACAUUCAAUUGGAUGCGUGGGCAUAUGUUUGAUUAUACUUGUGCUGUAAUAAUAUACGAAAUGUGUGUUCAGGAACCCACUGCAACUGUUACAAAAGUUAGACAGCAGGAGAAACUGAAGUAUCCUCCUCAUCCUUUAAAUACUAUUGAGCUUGAGAAACGUGCAUCCCGCUACUUCCGGAUGAGUUCCGAACAAACCAUGAAGGUGGCAGAAGACCUUUACCAAACUGGUUUCAUUAGUUAUCCUCGUACAGAGACUGACAGCUUUUCAGAGAGGACUGAUUUGCGUGCAAUUGUGCAAGAACAGGAGGGGCAUCCUGUAUGGGGUUCAUAUGCUCAGCGCUUAUUGGACCCUGGAGAAGGACUUUGGAGGAACCCUGGUAAUGGUGGCCAUGAUGACAAAGCCCAUCCUCCAAUCCACCCGACAAAGUUUUCUGGUGGACAAUCUGGAUGGAGUCAGGAUCACCAUAGAUUGUAUGAGCUGGUUGUUCGCCAUUUCCUGGCCUGUGUUUCCAAACCAGCUGUAGGAGCUGAAACUACAGUUGAAAUUGACAUUGCCGGUGAAAUGUUUUCUGCAUCUGGGAGAGUAAUACUUGAAAAAAAUUACUUGGAUGUCUACAGGUUUGAAUCAUGGGGAGGUUCAAUGAUCCCAACAUAUACUUUCGGGCAACAGUUUAUUCCAACAACAUUGACUCUUGAUUCAGGAGUUACGAGGCCACCAUCACUUUUAAGUGAAGCUGAUUUACUAAAUUGUAUGGACAAGGCGGGCAUUGGCACAGAUGCCACAAUGCAUGAUCACAUAAAAAAGCUGCUUGAUCGAUUUUAUGCCACCAAAGACUCCAACACUCGUUUCUCACCAACCAAUCUUGGUGAGGCACUAGUUAUGGGAUAUGAUGACAUGGGUUAUGAACUUUGGAAACCAUAUCUUCGAGCUAUGAUGGAGAAUGACAUGAAAGCAGUUAGCAUAGGGACAAAGAGAAAAGCUGAGGUUUUGUCAACCUGCUUGGAGCAAAUGAAAGCUUGCUUCUUAGAUGCAAGGUUGAAUAAAGUAAAAUUGUUUGAAGCCAUGGGAAUUUUUUUCGAGAGAACUAGUAGAUCAGGUGCAGAUGAGCAGCAUGCAGUUGGAGAUGUUGUUCGGCGAUGUGGUGUUUGCCAGGAAUCAGAUAUGGUGCUUAAGCGGAAACCGGAUGGAAAUUUCAUGGUUGGGUGCUUGGGUUAUCCACAAUGUAGGAAUGUUGUAUGGCUUCCUGGAUCUAUAGCUGAAGCAACUGUUACGACUAAUGUUUGCAGCGUAUGCUCUCCAGGUCCAGUUUUCAUGAUUCAGUUUAAGUUUCGGCGGCUGGAGAUACCACCAAACUACAAUGUUGACCAUUUAGGUUGCAUUGGAGGCUGUGAUGAGAUUCUGAAGCAGUUGGUAGAAAUUUGUGGAACUGGUUCCCGCAAUCUUUCAACCACACCUGCAAGAGGUCGAGGAACUGCUACAUCCUCCAGCAGUGCCCAACGAAGUAAUUCAAGGCAGAUUGCUUGCACACACUGCAGGCAAUAUGGGCAUUCUUCAAACGACUGUCCUUCACAAACUUCUCGCUCUUCCAGGGCUCGAUCUCAGGGAAUGAACCAGCAAUCUGGAGAAUCUUCAAUUCCUUGUGAUACAUGUGGUACACCAUGCAUUUUGCGUACUGCGAAUACUGAAAGUAACAGAGGAAGAAAGUUUUACUCGUGUCAAUCACAGGGCUGCAACUUCUUUGCAUGGGAGGAUAGCCUCAACAACAGUAAUAGGGGAAGAAGUGUUCCGCGUGCAAAUGUCAGCAGCUCAGCAUCCAAUACCAGAGCAAGGGGUGGCCGUGGCAGGGGAGGCCGGAGUGGACGUGCUGUUGACACGACUUUUGUGUCAGCAACAGGUGAUCCGAUAUCUGGUAGAAGGUGCUUUGUUUGUGGUGAUCCUUCACACUUUGCGAAUGUUUGCCCAAAUCGUGAUACGUGAUUCAUGACCCCUCACCUACCUUAAAAGUAGCAAAUGUUUGUACCUGCUCAUUUUAGAAUGAUUGUGGGCUGUAAUACAAUAUAUAUAUAUAUAUAUAUAUAUAUAUAUAUAUUGUGGGUAUCUUUUUUUGAUAUUA